ACAAAAUAAAAACUGUCCAGGCCGACGACCGAAGUCAGUCAAAGAGGGCCGCUGUUUGUAAAGAACUCGUGAAACAGCUGGAGAAACAGCGAUGGAGGAGACUGAAAGUGUCGGUGCUUCAUCAGCCGCUGAGGAGAUAAAAUCCGAGGCUGUCGCUUUCAUGGCCUCCAUUGAGCCUGAGGAGCUGCAGAGGUGUGUAUUUCCAGAGCGCUUGGAUGUGCUGUCUGAUGGAGGAGGAGUCCUGGGAGAGUUCAGCUUAUCUGUAGAGUUUACACGCAGAGCCCUGCAGCCCUGCAUGCUGCUGCAUGCUCAAAGCAAGGGAGCUAUCGAUGGCUGCCCCUGUGGAACAACAGUAACAGCCUAUCUCACCGCCGAGUUGGAGGUCCUGGAGGAAGACUACCAUGAGUUUGUCAAGCUUCAUGAUCACAAUGUUGAAAAGAGGUGCCACAUGGUGCAGCAGAAUGGAUGGAUGGUGAUCGACACAUGCAGUAGAGUGGGAGAGGAAGUGACCAAAGGGCAUAUGUCUUACUCCAUGUCUGCCCUGCGAGGACUGGUCACUGAAGGAUCCAGCAUGCUGUUGAUGCGUCUGAUCGCUCAGAGGAAGAAGGUUCCAGAGAACACGGUCUUUAUCUUCCUGGAUCAAUGUUCAUGUAUUAAUCAGACCACUUUUAGUCAGCUUGGUGUGAAGAGAGUUGAAGUUGGUGAUAAGGUCACUGAGGUCUUCGGAGUGCAGAGAUUGGUCGGUUCUGUGGAGGACAGCCCCUCCACUUGGCAGUGCUACUUCCUUGAUAAUGGUCGCUUGGCCAUCAGAAAACAGGUGGGCUCCCCAGUCACAAUCAGGCUUCAGCAGCAAGGUCCUAAGAAGUUUGCCCUGGUUUGGGAAGAAGACAUGCAGUUGUACUCUCAGUACCUGGAAAGAAAGGAGGAACUGAGGGCAGAAUAUGCUUCAUACCUGAGAGAGCACCCAGAGAUCCGAACCAUGCUGUCCAGAUAUUUGCAGGAUUUGCUGAUCGUGAAACCGGACAAUGUCUGUCAGUUUACUCGAAUGCACUUUGAGUCUUCUACCUCCAGACGUUCCUCAGACUCUAAGCUGAAAACCACCAACUCAACCUGAAAUGUAGUUUCACUUAAAAUUCAACUGUUUACUUAAAAUUUAACCUAACUGGUUACAUACAUAAUUCUUUUUAGACCUGUUGUAAUCAAUAUGUGUAAUGUCAAUACAAAUCAUCCUAAAAACAUAUUUAUAUUUCGGUUCACCUUUUUAUCUCAUGAAAGAAGAGAUAAUGUAUUGGGGGCAGCAGCGCCAAAAAGUUGAAAAAAAGGGGAAGGAUUCUAGGGGCCCAUGACUAACAGGAGUCCAGAGAAGCCCCUAAUACAAUUCUAAUACUGACAAAACAGUAGGACACUCAAUGAUAAACUUCCAAUCACACACAGAUUUUUCUUUUUCCACAAUAUAUUUGUAGCCGUUUUUUGUAUGUUUAGAAAAUGUUUUCCCUCAGAGAAGCUAUGGAUGUGGCCUCUGGAUUGAAAUGUGCAGAGUAAAUAAAUGCAACACUUGAGCCUUAAA